AUCGCGUAACAGCAACACGACAAAAUCCCCACAAUCACCCAAUUUUUUCUAAAAUAAUCCAACGAUAAUUCCUAAAAUCCCCCACCCCUUACAAAAAAACCACCCCUCUCCUCUCCAAUAUCUCCGCAAGAUUAUGUCACCAGAUUAUUUACCAUACACAAUGGUCCAUUGUUCCAUCUCUGCGAUAUUUGAGAUCUGAAUGGGAAAUACUCUACUCGAUCGUAACACUACUGACUCACGUCAAAUUCUCCAAAGGAAACGAUUAAUCUUUUUUAAACAUUAAAUUUAUUACGCGAUACUUGACGAAAAGGAAACGGGAUUUCUCUCAACAGCACAUCUUUAGCGAAUCCGACUAUCAAAAAAUGGUCCUGCUGAUCGGCGGCGUGAAAGUGGACGAGAUCCCCACGGAUUCUCGGAGCCUGUACCACAUGUACCCCCAUUUAAAAGAAACGGCAUCUCAAGUGGCGUCCACACCUCCCAAACAAAUCGGCCCCGUCGGUCUUCUCUACGUCUCACAAAGGGAAUUCGGCGUCUGUUCUCCUCAUGACAAAAACAUCGCCAUCAUGGGCACGGAUGACUGCACGACCUGUUUGGCCGUCGUUCUACGCCAUCCAACAACCGGAGCAGUGGCGGUCGGUCAUUUCGAAGCCAUUUGCGUUGACGGGAUAACCUCCAUGUUGAGCAGAAUCCAGGAUUUGUCGCUGGGAUAUUUUGAGCAGGGUCCAGUCCACAUGCAUUUGGUCGGAUCCUUCGGUGACUCGAGAGGAUACAGCGAAGACGUCAUCUUUUCAUUACUCCAAUACGUAAGCAAGGAACCCUGCGAAGUGGAGCUCGUCACUGCCUGCAUCGGCCAGCUGAACACGAUAAUCCGGGGCGACACCCCUUGGCCGAUAUUGUACGGCGUGGGGAUAAAUAUAAAAACUGGUGAAAUAUUCCCAGCGACGUUUCCAGAUAAAGGACCCGAUCUCCCUUUGAGACAUUCCAGAAUUUUCUCGGGCUCACCCGCGUUACUAGAAAUCUACGACUACCAAUCCUGCCUCCUCCGCAUCGGUCCAUUUCACUACGAACCACUUCGAUGUGCAAACAUUAUGCUGCAAGAGUCGGAUGAGUUCAUUCUUCAACAUUUAACGACGUCACCGGAAGUGGAGCCCGCCCACAUCGUCAACGAAAUAAAAAACACGCUCCGCCACAUCCAGGAGCACCCAUUUCCAGAAAUCACCAUAUUCACGGACAAUCGACCUCGCUACUACCGCAAAGAAGAGACGGGGCAGUGGACUCUGGUUAGAUUAGAUCCAUUCAGAUACGAGUCAACCAAUUAAUUUAUUAUAUAUGAUGCCAUAUUUAUCGAUAUAUAUUUCUCGACGGGUGACAAUCACCACCGCCACGCUUUUUGCAAUACUAUCGAAGAGGAAAUUUUGUGAGAUAAAAGAGAGAGGAAAAUUAUUUAUUUAUUGGAAUUUGUUGGAUAUUUUUGGGGGUGGAAAUGAUGAAAUAAAAAAAGAAAUUUUGGUGAGAAA